UGAUCAGUGUUUUAGCACAGCUGAAAACGAGCUGAUCGGCGGCUCGGACGAAUAAAUUAAAUCGAGUUGAAUAAUCCCUCAAGGAGCAGCAGAUAAGAAAGAUGGCGAGCCAAGCCACUGUUUUCCUCCUACUAGCAGCGUUCCAACUCCUGGCCACCCAGGCCUACGCCCAAGGGUAUCCUUACCAAAAUAACGUAAGACCCUUGAAUUUCAACAACCCGCAGGAUGUGAGGAUAGGUGCAAGAUUCGGAAGCGACCUGGAUACGCAACAGCCAGUUAGAGAUCCGGAGAUUGAGCCAGUAGACAUGAGUCGGCGCCCGUCGGCGCCAGCCCCCGUUGCCGCCCCCCGCCCUCCGGCAACCCCCAGCUACAUGGACCGCUUCAGCUCGAAGCUCUUCCAGAAGAUCGCGCCGUCGAACCUGCGACGCAACCUUGUCUACUCCCCCGUCUCCGUACACGCUCUUAUGGGACUGAUCUACGGGACGUCGGCGGGCAAUACCUAUUUGCAGCUGAAGAAUGCCGGAGAGUUUGGCGAACCGUUGGUCGUGGCCAAUGACUUCAAGGAUCUGAUCGAUCAUAAGAAAGGACUGGGCUCUGCCGAGCUGACUAUGGCCAACAAGAUUUACUACAACAACCGGCUAGGCGGUGUUAACCCCGGCUUUCCCCCAUUUGCUCAGAACUACUUCCGCGCCGGCAUUGAGGCGGUGGACAUGGAGCAGCCCAAGAGUACUGUCGAUGGGAUAAAUGCCUGGGUGUCGGACAGCACUCGCGGCAAGAUCCAACAGUUGAUUUCGACCGCCGACCUGGACUCCCGAACGCAGGCCCUACUGGUGAACGCAAUCUACUUCAAGGGUCACUGGGAGAACGAGUUCGCCACCAUGGACACGCUGCCGCACCAGUUCCAGCACUCCGACGGCAGCUCCUCCAGCGUGGCCAUGAUGUACAAUGAUGAUAUCUACGGCCUGGCCGACAUUCCCGAGCUGGAUGCUACCGUCCUGGAGCUGGCCUACAAGGACAGUGGCACCAGCAUGCUGAUCCUGCUGCCCAAGCAGUCCAACGGCCUGGCGCACCUCGAGCGCCAGCUGGGCCAGCCGGGCUUCAAUCUCAACAACAUUGCCGCCCGUGUGCGCCGCCAGACUGUCACCGUUCGACUACCCAAGUUCCGAGUCGAGUUCGAGCAGGACAUGACUGGCCCCCUGCAGCAGCUCGACGUCCGGCAGAUGUUCACGUCCCAGUCCCAGAUCGACAGAAUACUCAACAAGAAGGUGCGCGUGGAGAAGGUCCUCCAGAAGGCCUUCAUCGACGUGAGCGAGUCGGGAACCGAGGCCGCGGCAGCUUCAUAUGCCAAGUUCGUGCCCCUGUCGCUGCCCAUGAAGUCCCCGGAGUUCACUGCCGACCAUCCGUUCGUCUUCGCCGUCCGCACCGCCAGCUCCGUGCUGUUCAUUGGUCAUGUGGAGCACCCAACGCUGAUGGCCCCGGGCACUGACGCCCUCAGCACGGCCACCCUCAGCCCCAAGUACAACAAGGGCUAUUUUGGGAGCCACAGUCACAGUCACAGUCAGAGUCACAGCCACAUCCCCUGCUACGACUACGACUACGGCUACGGCAGUAAAUCAAAGGCGGAUUUCUCAAUCAUUUUUCAAAAUGAGCAAAACUUCCUCAUGCGCACUAGAUCUGUAUUCGGUGUCAAGAAUGGAAAAGCGGAGACUGCCGAAAACGAGAACAUGACCUGGAGACUACUUCCCGCCCUGCUCGUGACUCUGGCCUCAGCUCCACUGUUACCAGUCGACGCCAAGUUCUCGGCCAGCUCAAACCACCGUUUCGGUCUGCGCCUCUCCACCAAGCUGGGACUGGGUCAGCAAGAUGCGAAUGUGGUCAUUUCCCCACUGAUAGUCCAGUCAGCCCUGGGUCUGCUCUACGCCGGAAGCACUCCGGGUCCGGCGCGGGAGGAGCUGCGCCAGGCUCUAGAGCUGCAGCAUGCCGGCAGCCCAGGAGAAGCAGUCCAGGACAUCCAGAACAUGCUGACCCACCUCAAACAGUCCGCGGCUGUUGGAUGUCGCCUGCGAAUGCUCAGCGACUUUUACACCCAGCAACGGUUCACCUUCAGCUUCCGCGACGAGUUCGAGGCCCUGGCCUCGCGCCUCGGAGUCGGAUGCCAUCGCCUGUCCUGGGAGAGUGCCUCUAAGGCUGCCCAAGACAUCAACUACGAGUACCUCAGCCGCAGCAACUUUAGCCUGGGGGAGCUGGUCAGUGGCUCGCAGCUGGAAUCCCUCUCCGAGCACGGCACCCCCUUUCUACAUGUCUCGGCCCUGACCUUCCGCGCUCCCUGGGCGCAGGCCUUCGAUACGGCGGAGACGCAAAGCAUCAACUUCUUUGCCCUGGGCAACCGUCCCAGGCUGGUGGAGGCCAUGUUCGGUAUACAUCGUUUUAGGUAUGCCGAGGUUCAAGCUCUGGAUGCCCAGCUGAUCGAGGUGCCGUUUGCCACCGCCGACCUGCGGCUGCUCGUCAUCUUCCCGAAUCGCGCUGACGGAUUAGCACAUCUGGAGAGGAAGUUGGCGCAGUCCGAUCUGCAGCAGCUGAGGGGCCAGCUGGAGGAGAGGAAGGUGGCCCUUACUCUACCCAAGUUUAAGGUUCUGGUUCACUCCCAGCUGACGGCUGUGCUCAAGGAGUUGGGCCUGUCAAAACUCUUCACCUCAGAGAUCCAGUUGAGCGAGGUAUUCAGCUCCCUCCUGUCCAGUUCGGCUCCUCCCUUGGGAGCGGUGGUCCAGAGCAGCCUGCUAGAGAUCCAGGAGGAAGGCGGCAGCGCCGGUGAUCCAUUCUCCUUCGGGGAUCUGUUCCGACGAGCCCUGCCCCUGGUCAUCAAUCACCCGUUCUUCUACGCCAUCGGCAAUGACAAGACCCUGCUGCUGGCCGGCCACAUUUUGCGUCGUCCGAAUGCGACUUGGAGCAGCCUCCAGAGCCGCUCGACGGCCGCCUCGAAUUCAGUUCACAUUCCGACGAGCUCGGAGAAGUCCCAAGUGCGAAUCAAGCGGACCAGGAGACGCCCAUUGGCUAUUUAUGUGACGACCAUGGCUGUCAUCAUCAGCUGCCUAUUACUACUCCUAGCGACAGUUUCGCAGGCCAAGACCUCAGGCUACGAUGCCGCUGUCGACCGCAAUUUGCUGGCCGCCGAUCUCUACAAUGCCGUUGCCGCCGAUCGGCUAAACGAGAACCUGGUCAUCUCACCAGCCACCAUCCAGAGCUCCAUGGCUCUGGCCUUUGUGGGGGGUAAGGGCCAGACCGCCUCGGAGCUGCAGCAGGGUCUGCGCCUGGGCCCUGGGGACGCGGACGCGGUUAGCCAGCGGAGCGGCAGCCACCAGCAGUCCCUGACCCGCGACAACAAUUUCCGACUGGCCAACAACAUCUACAUCAACGAGAAUCUGGAGUUCAAGGGCUCCUUCCGCGACGUGGCCCAGCGCCAGUUCGACUCGAACAUCGAUAAGCUGGACUUCCAUCCGCCGUACAACAAGCGCACUGCGGAUGCCAUCAACCGCGCGGUGGCCACCAAGACCAACGGCAAGAUCACGGACAUUCUGCGCCCCGAGCUGCUCAACGAUCGCACCGAGGGAGUGAUAGUCAACGGAGUCUCCUACUCCGCCGCCUGGCAGAAGGCCUUCCGUCUGGACAAGACCGAAAAGCGGUCCUUCCGCACCGGCAACGGCCAGUCCGUGAAGGUGGACACCAUGUGGACCCUGCAGAACCUCAACUAUGCCGAGGUUCGUUCCCUGGAUGCCAAGGUAGUGGAGCUGCCCUAUCAGAAUGUGGACUUUUCCAUGCUCCUGCUCUUACCGAACCGCAAGGAUGGAUUGCGGUCCCUGCAGCAAUCGCUGGCGGGCAAGAAUCUGCUGGCCGAGAUUGGCGGUAUGAGCCAGCAGAAGGUGGAGGUGCUGCUGCCCAAAUUUAGUGUCACUUUCGGCGUGAGCUUGGAGGGUGCCUUUAAGCAGUUGGGAGUUCACACAAUGUUCUCGAGGGACGGUGACUUUGGCAAUAUGUACCGAAUGUUUGUUAGCCAUUUCAUCAACGCUGUGGAGCACAAGGCCAAUGUGGAGGUGACUGAAGCAGGUGUGGAACAGCCCCUGGAAACUGGAGUUCUGAAGGGCCUCUUCUCGCGAUCCAAGAAGUUCGAGGCAGAUCAUCCAUUUGUGUUUGCCAUCAAGUACAAGGACUCGAUCGUGUUUAUUGGGCACAUUGCCAACUACGCCUAUGUCUAGACGGCAGAGACAUUAUCUAAAGUGCUAAUUUUUCUGUCACCUAAAUGUUUAUAACAACGAUGUAUCAAUAAAUUUCAGGCAUAUACAAAAUAA